GUGUGUGUGUGUGUGUGUUUGUCUUUCAGUAACUUCAUGCGUCAGGAGUGUUUGGACUCCAGGUUUGUCUUCGACCGGCCGCUGCCAGUGUCCAGACUGGUGUCCCUCAUCGGCAGCAAGACUCAGAUCCCCACGCAGCGUUACGGCAGGCGUCCGUAUGGAGUCGGUCUGCUGAUCGCAGGAUAUGAUGACAUGGGGCCGCACAUCUUCCAGACGUGUCCUUCUGCUAAUUACUUCGACUGUAAGGCCAUGUCCAUCGGUGCGCGCUCGCAGUCCGCCAGAACAUACCUGGAGCGUCAUAUGGAGGCCUUCACCGACUGUAAUCUGAAUGCUCUGGUCCAGCAUGGUCUGCGUGCGCUGCGAGAGACUCUUCCAGCUGAACAGGAUCUCACCACUAAGAACGUGUCCAUCGGCAUUGUGGGAAAGGACAUGGAGUUCACCAUCUAUGAUGACGAUGAUGUGGCUUCAUUCCUUGAGGGUUUGGAGGAGCGACCGCAGAGACGGGUCGCUCCGCCGGCUGAUGAAGCGGCUCCGGCUGUUCCUGAUGAGCCCAUGGAGCACUAGCGAGUGCCCUAGAUCUGUCUGCUCCUCAAAUAAACCCAAACACACUUAACCUGGUCACACAUCCUACAGUGCGCAGUCAAACAUGUUUUCUGUCUGUGAGGUGAAGAGUAAUAAAGGCGUUGCUUGUUUCUG